UUGCUGUCGUCAUCGAUUGUGGCAUGCGCACUGCUGUUCCUUUGGUCCAGCCACUUGUACUUUCCACGCGUGUUACAAACACAUAAUCUAAAAAAGUAUAUUUUAGCAGAAUUUUCGGGAAACGGGGCACUUUGUCGAUAAUUAUGGGAGGACAGGCAAAAACAAAAAAGAGAAAUAAGCCCAAAAGGAAGGAGAACCGCCCUGGUAGGGGCGAUGCAGGGAUUGUUGGAUUGUCACCACAGGAAAGGAUGCAAGUAAGGAUGCACGAAAAAGCCAAGAAGAAAACAGCUCAGAAGUACUCUGUUCAACAGCUACUAGAAAAGACCGAGGAAUGCAUGGACAGUUUUGACCUGGACAUGGCUUGUCUUUUCUGCCAACGAGCCCUGGAUGUGGAGCCGACCAAUCAACAAGCACUCGAUAUGCUGGGACACAUCUACUCUGAACUGGGAGACACGCAAAAAGCCAAAGAAAUUUUCCUGCGUGCAGUAGAACUAAGUCCAGAUGAAGGUCAUAGUAAAUAUAUGUACCUGGGACAGAUCCACACGGGCCAGGAAGCUGUGGGGUACUACAGCAAAGGAAUAGAAGCUCUACUGUCGGCACUGGACAAACAAACCAAGACCACACAGGCUGAAGCUGGAGCUGCUGCCCAACCAGAGGAGGACACUGAUCUCCCCACAGUGAAGGAUGUCAGUGUCGCCUACUGCUCCAUGGCUGAGAUUUACCUGACAGACCUCUGCAUGGAAGAAGGAGCUGCAGACAAGUGCAAAGAGUUUAUUGAGAGAGCAUUACGUUAUCACCAUGACAACCCAGAGGCUCUGCAGCUCAUGGCCAGUUACCUGUUCAGCACAGAGAGAAACCAGGAAGGUAAAGAAUACCUGUUGAAGAGUGUCGGAUUAUGGCUUCCCUUCCAAAAACAGAACGCAGCGUCUUCCAGCUCAGACGAAGGCACACAGAGUGAGAUCCCUCCAUACGAGUCCCGCAUCACAACAGCCAAACUGCUCAUGGAGUCAGAAGAAUACGAGAUGGCUGUGGAUGUGUUGGAAGCUCUUCUGGAGGAGGACGAUGAAGUUGUCCAGGUCUGGUAUCUGUCCGGCUGGGUGUGCUACCUCCAGCUGGAAAAGGCAAAGGAGCAACAGAAGAGAGAAGAAAGGGAAGUAACGGGGGAGGAGGCGGAGGAGUGGACGGCACUAAAGGAGGCUGCCAGGUCGUAUCUGACCAAUGCGAAGAAGCUGUAUAACAAGCUGAAAUGCGACGACCAGCAGCUUCACGAUCACGUGCAGCAGCUGCUGGGCGAGCUGGGAGGAGAGACGGAGGGAGAGGACGAGCCGGCGUUGGACGAAGACUACGAGCCCUGUAGUGACGAGGAGGGGGCGGAUGGAGAGGCAGCAAUGGAACAUUAACCACGCCCCCCUUUAGUUUGUACCGUGUGAUUUUUCCUGUUCACCAUCAUGUCUCCCUCUUCUCACCCUCUGGGCUCUCACCUGCCUUUAUUUUCCUGCUUGUCCUUCCUUUCACGUUUGUUUACGACAAAAUAUAAAUUCACAUGAGAUGCGCCAACAGGAUUGUAUUAAAAAAAAAGACUGCAGUCCA